CUGGUGGUGGUCGAAGGUCAGCAGCCAAGCCUCCUAGGGCUAGACUGGUUUGAUGCCCUCGGCCUGGAAGUCACCGGCAUCAACUGCAUCUCUAAUGCAGAGACUGAGGGUCUGGUCAAAGACUUUGCCGAGGUUUUUGAAGGCACUUUGGGUCAAUAUACAGGUACACCCAUCUCCUUUAGCCUUGAUCCACAAGUCGCCCCCAUCAAGCUAAAGCCACACCGGGUUCCCUUUGCUCUCAAGGCUAAGGUGGACGAACAACUGGACAAGCUGAUUGCCCAAGGAGUUUUGGAGCCAGUUGACCACUCCAAGUGGGAAACCCCCAUCGUCACGCCUGUCAAGCCGGACGGUUCGGUGAGAAUCUGUGCCGACUACAAGUGCACGAUCAAUAAGGCACUUCAGCAGCACGCUUAUCCGGUUCCUGUUGUCCAACACCUGCUGCAUUCCCUGGGUGAGGCCCAGACGAUCAUCACCCACCGAGGGGCAUUCCGCUGCCGCCGUUUGCAGUUCGGGGUGAGUGUGGCGCCUGGCAUCUUCCAAAGCCUUAUGGAGUGUCUCCUGCAAGGGCUUUCGGGCGUGGUACCAUAUUUUGAUGAUGUCUUGGUGGAUCACACCAUCAGCCUUGUGCUCAACUGGGUGUGGAGGGGGUGGCCACAAGGGUCUUUUGCAUUGGAAUUCCAGCCGUUCGCAACCAGACAACACGAACUCUCAGCUCAUUGUGGCUGUCUGCUGUGGGGAGACUGCGUCGUGAUUCCUCAAAGACUCCGUCAAUGUGUCCUUGAGGCUCUGCACAUUGGCGACCCGGGAAUCGUUAAAAUGAAGGCAUUGGCUCGUUGUUCCGUCUGGUGGCCUAACAUGGACGAUGCCAUCACUGCCUGGGUUUCCGCCUGUCAAGCGUGCCAAGAAUUGAGGCCUGCGCAACCGGCAGCUAAGGGACACACCUGGGAGACGCCCAAGACACCCUGGUCGAGGGUGCCCAUCAAUCUGGCCAGCCCCUUUCACAGCUGGACCUUUAUGGUAGUGGUGGAUGCCUAUUCCAAAUGGCUGGAGGUGGCCCUGAUGCCCUCCACCACUACCGAGGCCGUCAUCCGGGUGCUGCAAGGCCUCUUUGCGACACAUGGGUGUCCUGAUGUCCUUGUCUCUGACAACGGACCACAGUUCACGUCAGGCACUUUUGAGCUGUACCUUUUGGGACUGGGUAUCUGCCAUGCUCUAACGGCACCAUUUCAUCCAUCCAGCAACGGGCAAGUGGAGAGAAUGGUGCGUUCAGCAAAAGAGGCACUGGGGCGGCUCCGCCGCCUCAGGUCCCCACUCAACCGGCUGCACCUGGAUUUUGCCGUGGCUGAACACCCAGGCUGUGCCAACCUGACAUCACACAACGUCCUGACAUCACUCUGUGACCAGCUCCUCGUUCAGCCUCAACAAUGA